AUGUUUUCUUGUCCUGUUCAUUAUUGUUGUAGCAUGUCCAUCGAUGGACAAGGGAUUCAAAACUCACCAAAGGGUGGGUUCUUCCUUCCUGGUUUUAUGCAUAUGUUAUUAUACUUUAUUAAUAUGGUUAUCCCACUUUCAAGUUUAACUUAAUUUUCAUGAGCACAAGGUUUACUAGAUCAAACUCUGAACCCAUUUUCACAUGGGAUCAAGAUGUAGAUGGCAUGGGGGAUUUGGCACGGUGGGCAUGGUGAUGACCGUUUUUUUUUUAAUUGUAGUAUGUUAGUGAAAAUUCCGAAAUUAUGAGCUAUGUGCAGGUGAUUCUCAUGGUCCUUAGCCAUUGCUCAAGUGCCAUAGAUCAACACUAGAGAAAGUGGGGGGCCUUUUGAAAGAAGCAUACACUCUACCUAAAGCUGCCAGCGAUGUGCCCGUGCUUCUACUUGUGGCCUUGGCUUUUACUACCAGCACUUAAAAUUGGGUAAUGGGCUCAGAAUAGUUUUGGCUCAGCUUUUCAGGAAGGUGGCAGAAGAGACUGAGUCAACAAAAAGGGCUAGUUAUGAUACGUACAUGAGCUAUAAAGAGAGGAAGAGGGGGGAGGGGGAAGAGAGAGAGAGAGAGAGAGAGCAUACAAGGUUUUAGGCAUUUUCGGAUUACAAUAAGGAUGUUCUGA